UUGUAUUGUGAAUUGGGAGUGAAAAGCGAGGUAUUUUUUGGUGUCUUCAAACCCUCUCCCGCCAACAACAGGAAAGUGCGGUUCUUGGGGUUCCCAACAUUGUUUGAUUGGUUCAUUCAUUCAUUGUCUGAGAAGAAGAGAAGAAGAGAAGAAUCAGCAGCAGCAUCAGCAUGAGUGCUGUGAACAUCACCAACGUCACCGUCCUCGACAACCCUGCUUCCUUUCUCACCCCUUUUCAGUUCGAGAUUUCCUACGAGUGUCUCACCGCUCUCAAAGACGAUUUGGAAUGGAAGCUUAUAUAUGUUGGAUCUGCUGAAGAUGAGACCUAUGACCAAUUAUUAGAAAGUGUCCUUGUUGGUCCUGUCAACGUUGGAAACUAUCGCUUCGUUUUACAGGCAGAUCCACCGGAUCCAUCAAAGAUUCGUGAAGAAGAUAUAAUUGGUGUGACAGUGCUUCUGUUGACGUGCUCUUAUCUGGGACAGGAAUUUAUUCGUGUUGGCUAUUAUGUGAACAAUGAUUACGAUGAUGAGCAGCUGAGAGAGGAACCCCCUCCAAAGGUGUUAAUUGAUCGGGUUCAAAGGAACAUUUUGUCUGAUAAACCCAGGGUCACGAAGUUCCCCAUCAAUUUCCACCCUGAGAACAAUGAAAAUGAAGAGCAACCCCCUCCGUCCGAACCCCCAUCUGAAACUGGAGAAGAUCCACUUGCCUUAGUUGAUCGUGAGCCUGCAGAUAGGAAGGAUUCUUAACAUUUUGUAGGUAUACAGACCUUUCAAUUCCUAAAUCUCCAUUAUAUUCACUGUAUGGAUAAUGAUGCCGUUUUUGUGAAUCUCUGUUCAAUUAUGUGAAUGGGAUUUGUGAGCCCUUUUGAAGUAGGGGCCUUGGAGCUCUAGGUUCAAAAUGACUGUAAGGUACCAGUUUCGUUGAAUGAAGUUUUGCAAUGCAAACCCAGUUUUAUGGAUA